GCCGCAGCCCCGGCUCGGCACGGCCCCCUCCGCUCCUGCGGCGCCCCCGGGCCCGGCCGUGCUCCGGCGGGAGCCCUGUGGAGGGGCUCUGUGCCUGCAGCGCACGCCGCCCGAGGGGUGCUCGGGCACCGCGGAGGCGGCGUGGGCUCCUCUGCUGGGGGCACCCGCUCUGCCGCCGAGCCCUUAGAAACGUGUAGCACGUUCCCUUUUUUUUUUUUUUUUUUUUUUUUUCUUUUUUUUUCUUUUUUGUUUUUUCUUUUUUUUAAACUGGCUAUUGGUAGGCGAGGCAAUGCUGCUGCAUGCGAGGUGUGCGGCGAGAAAGAAAUGAGUUGCUGUUUAAACACUGAAGGUUAAGAUUAGCAACCGAGGUUUCGGUUCUACAGCUGGCAGCUGUAGAAACGGAGUGAUCUGAGUGAAUUCGAAGGUCUCGUCCUGCAGGAGAGAAGCGGCUCUUUCCUGUGUGAGGGGGGUGUUGUGUGAGAAUAUAAAUGUGUGAGGCUGAGGGGAAUCCAAAAAAGGGGUAUCUGAUGCUAAAAGUCUCUUCUCAUUGUUGAGUUCUACACGGUAAAUGAUGUUGCUGAGAUGUGUAAUUGAGGUUGGACAUUAAGAGGAAUUUCUUCAUAGAAAGGGUGAUUAGACAUUGGAAUGGGCUGCCCAGGGAUGUGGCGGAGGUGUAUAAGGAAAGAUUGGAUGUUGCACUUACUGCCAUGGUCUAGUGGACAAGGUGGUGCUUGGUCAUAGGUUGGGCUCGAUGGUUUCAGAGUGCUUUUCCAACCUGAUUCUGUGAAGGUGUUACUGCAUUGCCAAUAAUCCCGAAGGUUCUGCCAAGUGAAGGAGCCAGUCCCAGUUCUGCAGGCUCAUAUGACUGUGUGCUGCUUAGAUCUGUUCAGAUUCACAUAGAAAUGGAAAGGAAGGUGAAAAAAACAUGGGUGGAUUUUGAUGAACAUGAGCUUAAUACAACUUAAAUAUCAUAGCACAGCAAAAUACUAAUAGUUGUGGCCAUCUGCACAAAGCAUAUAAUUGUAUGUAUAACUCUUAAUUUUUGUUCAAGCAGAAGAUGUAUUCCUGUGCAAAAUCAGACACAGAUAGUACAGUUUGGGCAUGUUUGAGGCACAUAGUUGAAAUCCCACAUUUUUGGCUCCUGCAAAUGGAACGGCAAUCUUCAUUUUAAACAUUUAAAAUUUUUAAGACCUUUAUUGACUACUACUCAUAAAUUUGGCACUGCUUCAUGAUAAAAAUAUGAAAAAUAGUUUAGAGUUGAAGAUGUUUAUUGUUAUUCCUUUCAGUACUCAUGAAAGUACUGUUUUUGUGACAAAACAGUGGUUUGUCAUUUAGAAAGUUCAUUCCUAGAAGAGAGGGACAGAAGUCAAAUAAAAGAAGUGCUGUAGAAAGAAAACUGCAAAAGCAUUCCAGAAGAGCUUAGGAGGCAGGGUAUCACCAUGUGCUGGCUACCUUGAUCCAAGCUCCUUUUGAAUCUAAACCAAACCUGUGGAUUAAAUGCUCAAAGAUUAGGAAAUGAGAUGAUUCAAGUCAAAAUGCAUGUUCAGAGUUGACUUUUGCAAGUUUCCCUUAGUUUUUGACUCUCAAGAACUCUGCCAACAGACACUGGAAAAACUUUGGCUUUCUGUUAGACUUUGGCAUGUUGUAGUUUGGCUCUUGCACACUAGUUACCUGUUCACAUUUACCGUAAAUAAUGACUAAAAACAUAACUUGUAGCUAGAUUUUGGAAGUAACUUCUGGAAGGGUUGGUUUCCUUCCCUUUCCCCCACCCCUUUACGACUUUUUGUCUUAUGGGAUUUGUUUGCAAUCUGCUAGCUGAAGCUCUGAGGCGAGUUUGCCAGAUCUGGGGCUGCAUCAUCCCUCUGCACAUCUGGAAGUGGUUUAUGUGCUCUCAUUCCUCCAGCGCAGCGUCUGGGCUCUGCACUAUUUCUCAGCAGCAGAGAAAGGAAAGAAAACCAGCACAACUCCAAAGUAAACUUUGAAGAGUUCGAAAAAGGAAUUGAAUUGUAAAACUGUUACUGUGCCCUAUAAGGCCCUUGUGUGGGUGACUUCAAAGGAGGAUGGUGGUCAAGGACGCUUUGGCAAGAGCGCUUACAGCUGUGGGCUAUCUAGGAUCCGAGUAAAUAGCUCCACAGCGCUUCAGGAGAGAGAAGUCCCGAAUACUGUGCUGCUUUGAAGAGUUUACCACAGAUCACAGUUCUCAUCCAACAGGACACAUGGCUCUUUUAAAGAAAAUUAACCAGAUCUUACUGUUACUUCUUGUCUUAACCGUGUGUGCUAUUCUGUAUAACAAAGUUCAUCAAGUGCCCUUGGCAUUGAGAAAUGAAACAGUGGAUCUGGAGAGCCCUGAGGAAGUGAAGGAAGAAAUCCCAGUGGUGAUCUGUGCUGCUGCGGGCAGGAUGGGUGCGGCUGUAGCAGCGAUCAGCAGCAUCUACAGCAACACAGAGGCCAAUGUUUUGUUCUACAUCAUCGGGCUGAAGACAACCAUCCCACACAUUCGAAAAUGGAUUGAAAAUUCUAAACUGAAAGAAAUAAAAUUUAAGGUUGUGGAAUUCAAUCCUAUGGUGCUAAAAGGAAAAAUCAGACAAGAUGCAUCACGUCCUGAGCUACUGCAGCCUCUGAACUUCGUUCGAUUUUAUCUUCCUUUGCUUAUCCAGAAACAUGAGAAAGUAAUAUAUUUGGAUGAUGAUGUCAUUGUUCAAGGUGACAUCCAGGAACUCUACAAUACUAAGUUAGCUCCUGGACAUGCAGCAGCUUUUUCAGAUGAUUGUGAUCUGCCUUCUACACAUGAAAUGGUUAGAAGUGUAGGGAUGCAGAACACAUACAUGGGAUUCCUGGACUACAGAAAGCAAGCCAUUAGAGAUCUUGGCAUCAGCCCCAGCACCUGCUCCUUUAAUCCUGGAGUAAUUGUUGCUAACAUGACUGAAUGGAAACAUCAGCGGAUUACAAAGCAGUUGGAAAAGUGGAUGCAAAGAAAUGUAGAGGAAAACCUCUAUAGCAGCACCCUUGGGGGAGGUGUGGCAACCUCCCCAAUGCUGAUUGUAUUUCAUGGAAAAUAUUCCUCUAUUAACCCUAUGUGGCACAUAAGGCAUCUUGGUUGGAGUCCUGAUGCCCGUUACUCAGAGCAAUUUCUUCAAGAAGCUAAAUUACUUCACUGGAAUGGGAGAUACAAACCUUGGGACUACCCCAGUGUCCACACUGAUCUCUGGGAAAACUGGUUUAUUCCUGACCCUUCAGGGAAGUUCAAAUUAACUCGUCCUGAUAGCUGAUACUGAAAUACUGCAUAACGUAGUGUAUGGGAUGCAUUUAAUAGUUUGAAAUGUAACAUGUUGUAUGAUUAACUGAUUUUAGAAAACAAAGUAUUUGUUAAAAAUAUGAAUAACUGACCAUCAGUUUUCUGUGCUUAUGGCAAGUGAGGGAGGCUGGAGUGACCAGUACACAGUUCAGAUUAUCUUUACUUUCAUGUAAGGUGACAAAACAAGUUUACUUGACAAUGAAGUAUUUUCAUUAAACACUUACAGAGGUGAAAUUCAGUGCCAGACAGAGUGCUUUAAUUUAAGGUCUCUCUAAGUAAGAUUCCAAUGUCUUCCAGCAGGAAAAAAUCUACACAGGAGAUAGCUGCAGUGUUAUAUACAAGAAGUGUUUAGUUAUCUAACCCACAUUAAACAUCCUGAAUUGAAAACCUGGGCAUGUUACUGAGUUCUGUUGUGUAAUGACUGUUUGUGGCAUCUCUGUGUAUAAUACAUCCUGUAGUGCACUUAGCAAGAUGCAAAAUACAUUCCAAUACACUGCAGUACAAUUCCUGAUUUUAUUGUGAAACAUUGAUAGAUUUAAGACAGAUUAAGAACUUCUGUAUCACUGUUAACAAAAAGAGCACCAGUUUUGAGGGAGGACACAGAAUUGCAGUAUCUAGUGGAAUGGUCAUUGUACAGUCCACUGUAUUCUAUAACCAAGUGAGUGAUUCCAUUAAGGAAGAGACCUUUCCCUUCCAAGCAAACAGGAUAGCCUUUCAGGAGUUACAUCCUACUGUGCUACAUACUCAGCAGUACUAAUUUCAUGCUUCUAAUUUGGUUGAAAAUAAAACUGAAUUGUAACAAAUCCCUGAUGCGAGAUACUUUGAGCACCUGCAGGAAAACACCCAUGUAAACAGCAAUACAUGAUACAAUACACUUUAAAUAACAGACAAGUCCUAUACCUUUCUGACAAUAUGUGGAACAGCUUUAUGCUGCAGCUAAUAAAUACAAUCAGAAUCAUAAUGCACACUCACUCAAUUGAAGAUUCUCAGAAUUAAGCCACCUAAUUUGGGAAGAAACUGUAAACAUCACGCCUGCCUCACAACAGGUUGACAGUGUGUGAUCUCUGUAAGAGGUGUUACAGCAGAAUUAGAACCUACACUAACCAGUUACACACAACUGACAACUGUCACUGGCUGUGAAGAGAGGAGAAAUCACACUGGUACAGGAAUCUCUGACCAGCAUGGAGUGUGGAGAUACUGUUUGUGUCCGUUUUCAAGUAUGUGAAGCACCAAAUGUCAUAAGAUCAUCAAAACUUUAGUGUUUUGAUCAGCUUAUUGCUUUUACUUAAUCUUUUCCUCACAUGAUAAAAGAGGAAAAGAAAGUGAGAGUUAGGCACCAGGAUGAAAUUCUUUGUUUUUCUCAGUCACUAAUAUUGGCCAAAAAUGUGUAUCAUUUAGGCAAGUUCCUCAGAAGAGUUAUAGUUUCUACAGACAACUUCGUAUUCAUAAAACAGCUGUCCCUGUAUUCAACUCAGUGUUUUUAACUUUUAAGUGGAAUAAAGGGAAUACCCUCUAAGGUACUAAAGACUGAAGAGAGCUUACUGUUAAAAACUGCUAAACUGCAAAUCUUUUUCACCCUGUGCUAAUUGUAGGUGAUGUAAAUAACAUAGCUGUACAUGACUUUUAAAGAGAAUGCAGUCUUUCAAUUCUCUGUCUCUUUCAAAGGGGUUAUCUCCUGCUAAAGGUCAGGUGAAGGGACUAACUU